AUGUUUUGUGCUUCACGAAACUUCUGUUGCCAUGGCAUUAGAACAUUCCAACUACGAACAGAUUUGCUUUCCAGAUCCAUCAAACACUCAGCCUCUGCAACAAUGGCCUUCAGACACAAAAACACAAGCCGAAUUGAAGGCCUUGACAGCAAUGUGUGGGUUGAAUUUACAAAAGUGGCAGCAGAUCCCUCAAUUGUUAAUCUUGGUCAAGGCCUUCCAGAUAUAUCCCCUCCCAGCUAUGUUAAAGAAGAGUUGGCAAAGGUAGCAGCAGUUGACAAACUGAACCAGUACACACGAGGCUUUGGACAUCCAUCACUGGUGAAGGCCUUGUCUCAGGUGUAUGAGAGAGUUUGUGGAAGAAAGAUUGAUCCUCUCACAGAUAUCCUGGUGACCGUGGGAGCUUAUGGAUCUCUCUUUAGUACAAUACAGGCAUUAAUUGAAGAGGGAGAUGAAGUGAUAAUAAUAGAGCCAUUUUAUGACUGUUAUGAGCCAAUGGUAAAGAUGGCAGGUGCAAAGCCUGUUUUUAUCCCGCUGAGAUGUGUGACAAUUAUUCUGAAUACCCCACACAACCCUAUAGGCAAGGUGUUUACUCGUGAAGAACUCCAAGUAAUAGCUGAUCUCUGUAUUAAACAUGAUACCCUGUGCAUCAGUGAUGAGGUGUAUGAGUGGCUGGUGUAUAAAGGAAAUAAACACAUUAAAAUAGCUACGUUGCCAGGUAUGUGGGAGAGAACAGUAACUAUAGGAAGUGCUGGGAAGACAUACAGUGUAACUGGCUGGAAGCUUGGUUGGUCCAUUGGCCCUGAGAACCUGAUUAAGCAUUUGCAAGUUGUUCACCAAAACACACUCUAUACUUGCCCAACUCCAUUACAGGAGGCUUUGGCACAAGCAUUUUUGAUAGACUAUAAACGCAUGGAUGACCCAGAGUGCUAUUUUUACUCGCUGUCUCGAGAGCUGGAAAGCAAACGUGAUCGAAUGGCUCAGCUGCUUAAAGAAGCUGGACUAACUCCUGUCAUUCCUGAUGGAGGAUACUUCAUGAUUGUUGAUGUUUCUACAUUAAAUGUGGAUCUCUCUGACAUAGAUGAGAAACAACCUUAUGAUUAUAAAUUUGUCAAAUGGAUGAUAAGAUCUAAGAAGCUGUCAGCAAUUCCUCUUUCAGCAUUCUGUGGUCCUGAGACAAAGAAACAGUUUGAAAAGUAUAUACGUUUUUGCUUCAUUAAGAAAGACAGCACACUAGAUGCAGCUGAAGUGAUCCUGAAGAACUGGAAUAAGCAGACAGCCUGAUUUUUCUUAUUAGCUCUUCCAUAUGGUAUAAUUAUCUAAUAAUAGGGUUUUUUAUUGGAAAUUUAAGAUUGAAUUACUUAAUACAGUACAGAAUUAAUAUUGCAUUGUAAAUAACUUUGUGCUGCCACCUGCUGAGGAGUUAAAACAAUGAUUUACUGAAGUAUGUCCCAUGCAACUCAGAGGUUAUUUUUAGUCUUUUAAAAAUAAUUUACUUUUUUUCCUAUAAAA